GGUAAGCCAUUCAAUAACAUUUAAACUCAUUAACGAACCCAUGAUUUUUAAAUAUCCAUGGUUUAUCUUUCCAUGUGUUUAAAUGGGAGAACCAUAUUUAUUGGUAAGCAUAUUUUAAAGAUUUUAUUGCUGCUUCAUGGCUUUUGCUGCAAAAAAAUAGUUCAUUGAGGAAAUAGAAUGUUUAAGUGUUGUGUGGCAACAUGUACAGCUGGUCCUGCAUCACUCUGUCGGGGCUUAUUCCACGAGAAUGACCGCCUCACUGAACAUUAUCCCUUACAUAAGAUUGUUUCAUUAGCAAGUCUUCUGUACUAGUGUAUGCUUAUGUCCUUGCACUCCUUAUGUUGCGUGAACUUAAUAUAUGAAAACUAUUUGACUGCAAUAUCUCAGUAUAGUGCUAUAAAUAUCUAACUGUUUUUACAAUUUUUUUUUCUCCAGUAAUUUCAGGAGUGUACAAAGGAGCUCAAUGUAAAACAUUUGCUCUCCUUGUCGGUGGAUGGACCUGCGGUCAUUUGGAUGUUCGCAGAGCUCUUGCAAAAAGACCAUGCCAGAAGAGAGGACUUCACAGCUGCAACAUCAUCCUCAAGAUUCCUUCUACCUUUCUGUGGGCAACGGUGGCUCGAACAUUUGCCAGCUGUCAAACGAGCAUUGGAAGUCUGGCCCUCUGUUGUGAAAUAUGUGGACCUUGUGAAGUCAGAAAAGACAGGUGUUCCCAUGAUGCCCUUCCUUUGGAAGGACUUGGCAGAAUUGAUCCAGACUCUCCUUCAGCGCUUCAUCAAACGAGAUCCCCUGCCUCUCACUCCAUAUAAGCUGGUCAGACUUGAUGUCAGUGAUCAAAAACUCUGGCUCAGUCCAAAGGAGGUGGAUAUAGGAAUGGCUGUCAUCAAGGUGAUGCAAUAUCCCAGCAGUCUGAUAAUCACCUGCACAAUGAGGCAAAAGGCUUGGAUUUUAUAUCCUUCAUUCCUUCAGCACCAUCCAAAGUUGAUGUCUUUUUCCAUCAAAAAGUUAGUGGGCCUUAUCCUGACCUCUGGAUGUUCUGCAAGAACUUGCUGCUACUGUCCUAUGGGCAAGCCGAAGUGGAACGAAUAGAGGUGGAGACCUGCAACUUAUCAGAGGAAACAGUUGUUGCACAGAGGCUUAUAUGCGACCAUGUCAGAGCGUGUGGGGGAGCAACCAAAGCGCCUCUGACCAAAGGUGAAAGAUGAGCAAAAAGCAAAAAAGAAAACUUGAGGAACUCAAGAGGAAGAGAGUCUCACUGGAAAGUGUAUGUGAGAGUUUACAAAAGGAUGCUGAGCACAUGGCAGAGGAAGCAGAGAGUGCUGCUGGAACCAAAAGGGCAACAUUACUUACCAAGUCCAAUACUCUGAGGCGACGAGCGAAGGAGGAGAAAGAGCAGUUUGUGGUCUUAAAGGUAGAUACUGAAGAGUGGGCUACUGCACUGCGACUCCUAACACAUCAAGAGUGAAUCGGUGGAAACAAAAAUAUUUAGGUUCUUUGCAUUUUUGGAGUAUUUUACUUUCUGUGCUUGUUUGUACAUUGUUCACAGCCACAAUAUUUUAUAAUUACAAGGUAGUUUUAUGUUAGAGCUCUUGCUCCAAUAAAUAUGUGCCUUG